AUGGCGGAUCAACCGGUGACCAAAGCAGAUCUUGAGGGAAUUACCACGGCUUUUACCGCGGCUCUAACUGCUUUGACUGAACAGAUGGCGAAUUUAGCAAAUCAGGCGAACAACGCCAACAAUAAUAGGAAUCGGCGAAGAGACAGGAGAGAGGAACCAAUUAGGGUUCUACGGGGUGGAAACUGUGUCGAAGAUUCGAGUUCUGAUGAAGAAGAACCUCACGAUGAAGAGGAUAAUCGUAGGAAUCUACAGAACAACCAUGACUAUCGAGUGAAGGCUGAUAUUCCAUUGUUCUACGGAACGAUGGGAGUGGAGGAGUUUCUUGAUUGGCAGAUCGACGUCGACAGGUUCUUCGACGUUAUGGGUGUCCCUGAGAACAAGCAAGUCAAGAUGAUUGCGAUCAGGCUUAAAAGUACUGCAGCUGUCUGGUGGGAUAAACUUGUUGUUCAAAGGCAGAGGCAAAGAAAGGGGCCAGUCAGAACUUGGCGAAGAAUGAAACAAUUGAUGCUGGAGCGGUUUUUACCGGAAGAUUAUGAACAAAUUCUUUAUAAGAUGUACAUUGAGUGUGUUCAGGGCAAGAGAACCGUGACUGAAUACACAGCUGAGUUCCUGAGGUUUUCUGAGCGCAAUGAAUUGGGAGAAUCAGAGAAUCAGAAAGUGGCUCGAUACAUCAGUGGCCUAAAGGGGUCCUUACAGGAGAAGAUGGGUUUACAGACUGUAUGGACUGUAGCUGAAGCAUCCAGUUUAGCUUUGAAGGCGGAAUUGAUGGAGAAAUCUCCUCGAAAUUUCUCAUCUAUUAGAAGGUACUCACCCCAAAGUAACUUUGACUCAGCAGGUGACAAGGAAAAGAAUGCAACAUCCCGGGGUUCCAACCCUGGGAAUAAGGGGGCUAGCAGCUCUAGCGGUGUGCAGCAAGGAAAAACACUGAUUCAGAGGCAAAAUAAUCCAUAUGUUAGACCCUCGAUAGACACUUGUUAUCGUUGUAACGGGAGAGGCCACAAAUCAAAUGUUUGUCCAACAAGGAGAGUCGAUGUUGUUAUGGAAGAGAGGGAGGAAGAUGAGGAAAGAGAAGAUCUUACAGUUGAGAACGAUGAAUAUGCCGAUGUUGAAUUUGCAAAAGAAGAAUCUGAUGAGAGGGUAAAUUUUGUGUUGCAGCGAAUGUUACUAGCAUCCAAAGACGAAGGACAACGCAAGAAUUUGUUUAAAACACAUUGUUCUAUCAAGAAUAAAGUGUGUAAUCUGAUUGUGGAUAAUGGUAGCACAGAGAAUCUGGUGUCGCAGAAAUUGGUAGAAUAUUUAAAGUUGCCCACAGAACCCCAUGAGAAGCCAUACACUCUCGGUUGGGUAAGCAAGGGCUCCCAAGUUCGAGUAACACUAGCCGGCAAAGUUCCUAUCUCCAUCGAAAAAUAUUAUAAAGAAGAGGUACUAUGUGAUGUUCUUGAUAUGGAUGUUUGUCAUAUUUUAUUUGGUAGACCUUGGCAGUUUGAUAAUGAUAUCACUUAUCGAGGACGAGAUAACGUGACAUAA